ACCGCACAAUUGGGUUUCCCCAAUACUCAUUCUUUAAAGGAGAAGAAGCAAAGAGACAUGACCGGAGAAGAACUAGCCGGCCCACCAGCGCCGAAGCUGCUUCGUCUGCUCUAUUUCGUCGGCGCAGGCUUUAUUUGCACUGUUGGGGUUAACAAAUGGCGUGAGCUCCAGCGCAAGUCAUUGAAUUUGGAGCAGCAGAAGCAGCAGCAGCUAGCCCAGAAUACCGCAAAUACCCUUGAAUGAUCUCCCAGGUUUUGAAAUUGGUGAUGGUGAUGAUAAGAACUUUAGUGAUUGGGAUGUAAUUUUGAAUAUGUGAAUUGGGUUUUGAACAUUUUUGGGUUGCAAUUUUUGCAUCUCUUGGAAUUUUAGUUAAUGCCAUAGAGUUUGUGGAAUAAGGUUGAGCUUGAGCUUCAUUGAAUUGCUAUGUUCUGCUCUAGAUGAGCUCAAGUCAGAGUGAGUUUUAGAAUGAUACUGAAUGUUGGAUUAGCUUGGCAGUGUUGGUGAUUUGGUGCACCCCAGAUGUUUGUAAUUUGGUUCUUAAAUUAUACAGCAAAAAGGAGCACAAAUGAUUUGUUUCUUAUUUUGAAGUAUACAAAUAUGAUUUGAGAGCCUUUGUGGGUU